GUUAGCCACGGCGUUGCAGCGUGCAGGAUGGCGAGGAGCACGGCAUUCAGAGCAGCUUGGCGGAUUGGGGGUAACUUUGUAGAACACCCUCGAACCUUGGAGAACAAUGGACGCGUGUUCAAAUGUAAUGCCCGAUUUGGUCGAUUUUAUUUACGCCUUGCUGUCCCCCUCCAGCACCUUUGUCCGUGCCCAUCAUGUCCGUCGUCGGUAUUGACUUUGGCACUCUCCACAGCAAAAUCGGUGUCGCCAGACACCGCGGAAUCGAUAUCAUCACCAAUGAAGUCUCAAAUCGCGCGACGCCGUCUCUGGUAGCCUUCGGCCCAAAACAGCGCGCGAUUGGUGAGGCCGCGAAGACGCAGGAGACUUCCAACUUCAAGAACACGAUCGGCUCGCUCAAGCGCCUCAUCGGCCGCACGUUCUCGGACCCGGAGGUCCAGGAGUUUGAGAAGAAGUUCCUGAACGUCAAGCUCGUUGAUGUACAGGGUACUAUUGGCGUUCAGGUCAACUACUUGGGCGAGCCCCAGACCUUUACGAUCACCCAGCUCGUCGCAAUGUACCUCGCGAAGCUGCGCGACAUCACCGCUGCCGAGCUGAAGAACGCUGUCUCGGACGUUGUCAUCGCCGUCCCGGGAUGGUACACGGAUGUGCAGCGCCGCGCGAUGCUCGAUGCCGCGCAGAUUGCGAACAUCAACGUCCUCCGCCUCGUCAAUGACCUGACUGCCGUCGCCCUCGGCUACGGUAUCACCAAGUCCGAUCUUCCUGAGGAUGGCGAGCGGAACAUCAUCUUCAUCGAUGUCGGUCACUCGUCCCUUAGCGCCUCAGCCGUCUCCUUCUCCAAGGGCCGUCUGAUCGUCAAGGCCUCUGCCUACGACCGCCGCUGCGGUGGUCGCGACAUCGACUACGCGCUUGUCCAGUACUUCGGCGAGCAGUUCAAGGAGAAGUACAAGAUCGACGUGCUCUCGAACCCGAAGGCGACCUUCCGUCUCGCGGCCGCAUGCGAGAAGCUCAAGAAGGUCCUCUCCGCUAACGCUGAGGCGCCCUUGAACGUCGAGUCCAUCAUGAACGACAUCGAUGCCACCUCGAAGCUCACCCGCGAGGAGCUUGAGGGCCUCGUCGAGCCCGUCCUCGCGCGCAUCCCCGCACCCCUUCAGCGCGUGCUCGAGGAGUCCGGCCUCACCCUCGAUCAAAUUGACGGCAUCGAGCUCGUCGGUGGCUCGACCCGUGUCCCCGCCGUCCGCGCCAAGAUCCAGUCCGUCUUCCCCGGCAAGGUUCUCUCGACGACGCUCAACCAGGACGAGGCCGCCGCGCGCGGCGCCACCUUCUCCUGCGCGAUGCUCUCCCCCGUCUUCAAGGUCCGCGAGUUCCACAUGACCGACAUCAACUUCUACCCAAUCAAGCUCGAGUGGGACCCGGUCCCGGGCUCGGACGACGACACGCCCGUCACGCUCUUCCCGCACAACAACGCCAUGCCGAUCGUCAAGGCGCUGUCGCUGCGCCGGAAGGAGCCCUUCGAUGUGCAGGCGGCGUACGAGGACCCGUCGAGUCUCCCCGGCGGCAUUAACCCCUUCAUCGGCCGCUUCACCGCGAAGGAGGUGCCGGCGAACCCGACGGGCGACUUUACGACCGUGAAGCUGCGCGCGCGCCUCAACAUCCACGGCAUCAUGGCCUUCGACUCGUACUACGUCGAGGAGGUCGAGGAGCGUGAGGAGCCGGCUGCGAUGGAUGUGGAUGGUGGCGAGGCAGCACCGCCGAAGAAGAAGAAGAUCGUGCGGAAGAGGGAGUUGCCGUUCAUUGCGCACAAUACCUCGCUCGACAAGUCGAUCCUGGAGCAGUACCGCGAGCAGGAGUCCCAGAUGUGGGCAUCCGACAAGCUUGUCAUGGAUACCGAGGACCGCAAAAACGCCCUCGAGGAGUACGUCUACGACACCCGUGGCAAGCUCGACGAGCGGUAUGCUGCCUACGUCCAGCCGGAGGAGAAGCAGAAGCUGCUCGAGGCUUUGCAACAGGCUGAGGACUGGCUCUACACCGAGGAGGGCGAGGACGCGACCAAGUCUGCAUACGUCGAGCGCCUGGACGCCCUCCACAAGCUCGGCGACCCGAUCACCUUCCGCUGGCGCGAGAACGAGGAGCGCGCGAAGGCGAUCGCCCAGCUGCGCGAGACGCUCAACAAUUACAUGGCGCAGGCGACCUCGGGCGAGGAGCGCUUCUCGCACAUCGCGGACGCGGACAAGCAGUCCGUCGUCGAGAAGGUCGCGACCGUGCAGAAGUGGCUCGACGACCAGAUCGUGCGCCAGAGCGAGCGCCCGAAGAACGUGGACCCGGUGCUGACGACGGCGGAGAUCGGGAAGAAGCGCGACGAGGUCAUCUACUUCGCCACGCCCAUCCUCACGAAGCCGAAGCCGAAGCCGCCUGUCGUGCCCGGUGCGGGCUCGGGCACGCAGACGCCCAAGGGCGAGGCGCCCAAGACGGAGACGCCCCAGCCUGAGAAGAAGGACGAGGGCGCGCAGGGCCCCUCCGAGAUGGAUGUAGACUAAAUUAGACCCGCCUACUGACGACAGCCUGGGAUGAUUCUAGUAGUGUAUCUGCCGUAGAGCGCCAACUGUAGCUAUAAUGUGAGAACUGUAUUUCAGAUCAUCCUGGAUGUAUGACCCUCACUCGACUCAUGACUUGCCAUGCAAGAAACGGUCAUUGUCAACCGUGGGAAUUCUUCGUGACUG